AUGGCGCACGAUAACGAGACAAAUACACUCGAGUUGCAUAUAAAAGGUGAAGAUGUAAACGGGCAAAAUUUACCAACAAUCUCGGAAAAGUAUAACACCGGAACAUUACGGAUUCCAUCUGAUCCGUCCUGGCCGAAAAUACCUCCACGUCGCUCGAGCAACAAUACCGAUGACAUUAUCGAACCUCCGUGUGUAGUCACUUUGACGGCAACUCCUAAAAAGGGUCGCGGCGCGGUGCAAACUGCUGCAUGCCAACGCCUCAAGUCAAGAUUGAACCAAAAGUACGAGGCGACGACGCAUUCAGCGAAAAGACUGCCUGGCUGCUUUGACCCGCGCUUCAGAAGACAGAUAUCGCGACAGAAGUCUGAGAAGCCAGACGAAUUGAAAGUCGAGGACAAGGACAAUUUAUCAGAGAAAUCAACGACGAGGAGCAACAAACGGCCCAGUUUGGAAGGAAAACGAUCGCCUCUCCAACUGUCAGCUAACGAACGACACGACGACGUAGACGAAAGUAGAUAUUCUCAACAAGAGAAACAAAAGAGCAAUAAGCCACUGCUGUUAAUGGUCGACGAGAAGAAGAUACACGCGUUACCCAUCGACACUCUGGAAGCUGCUGCUGCUGCUUCCUCUUCUUCGCCCGUGUCACUGCAGUCGUUGCAGUGUUACAGCGUUCAAAUUCCCGUCGUCACCUAUCGUCGUGAUGUACCUUCGCAAAUAUCGACUACUCACACUCGAGUGGGAAAAGAUAUUGAAAUGCUCUCGGUGUGCGAAAACGACGGUGACAAAACGAGAGAGAACAUCCGUGCGAGAUCGAUCCACACAAAUUCGACGUGUAGCUUGAACAAGCCUACGAAUGAAAAAUACCCACUUGAUAGAACCGAGCAAUGUCACGCCAAGAACGAGAGGCACGCUUCCGGUCGAGUGUGCGAUAAGGAGAGAGUGUCGUUGAAUCGAGAUGCCCAAGCGUUGGACGCGGGCGACGCAAACACUGGGAGCUACGCGACUUCAAAUACCGCAACAGGAUUGAAAAAUUGCGACGGUCAAGGCUGCGCGACGGAUUGUGCAUCCGCGAGGGAAAUGUCUGGCGAAAGAAAGACUUUGGAGCAAAAGCUCGCGCAUCGUGCGGACGAUCCUUCGACGAACGCAACUUGUGGUAGAGAACAUAGCCAAGGUAAUGAGGAGGAGGAGAAGGAGCAAAGUGAGAGAAGGAAAAACAGAGAGCAGCUCGUUAACGUGAAACGUAUAAAAACGAGCGUUAAACGAACAACGAUAAACCGCGCCGAUCUGUUGAGGAAGGCAAACUCGUUCCUUCGGAGAAAAUCCCGUUUGGCGAUUGCAGAUUCCGACUGCACUCUGAUACUGCCUGGUUAUCGUCGCGUUAAAGGUAAACGAUACGAAAAGAGCCACGGUCGCUCCAAGGUAAGUCUAUCGUUGCGCGGAAGAAGCGGCGUAAACAGCGCGAAUUCUAUAUUAGUAAAAUACAAUAUGUCGAAGCAAAGCCGAGUAAGUUCCCGUUUGUUGGCGAAUCCACGAGCGGGAGACGAGCUGGAGAAGCCAUCGGCCAUCCCCCUAGAGACUCAAGAGCUGUUGAGCAAAAGUUACUGGGAGUAUUACUGGAAACUCGCGCGUAAGCCGGAUGACCGAUCUUACGUGGCGGGAGAGAGAGACGGAGGUCUCUCGAACGAGAAUCGUUUACCCGAAUCCCAAACGUUACGACGGUGCUCUGUACUCUCGUGCAUCAUCAACACGGCAUUGUUCGCGAACAGGAAUGAACGGAAAAGGACGAAGCGAGCGAGCAAACAGUUGCUCGGACUUCGAGCUACAGCGCUGCUGUGCAUCGCGAUGUAUGUCGCGGUGAUAUUUCUGCCCAUGGUGUACGACCAUUUCUUCGAGGAAUACGAGGACGAGAACGCGGGCUAUAUCGAACUAACGUUCCGACACGCCGCGUCGUCGUUCGGAGAAGCUCUCGAUGGAGUUGUCAACGUCCUGGCCACGAUUUUUUUACGACCAGCGAGAUUCGAUCGAAAUUGACGGUAGCUAUACGCGCACGUGUUUCCCAUCUUUGCGAAUGCUCUACAUUUUUACUUGUCCUACACAUAUGCGAGUGUUUAUACAUUUGUACAUUUAUACAUACACAUCUAUAUAUCUAUAUGAUUGCGUCCACUUUAAUUGAAACAAGGCGAGCAGAGCAUGGUGCGAGAAGGAUAGUAGCUUUUAUUUAUCAAAUGGUCAGCAAUGUCCAUUUCUGAAAAGAUGAAUUGAAAUUUGGAUUGAUGGACGUGUGAACGUUAUAGAGGCCACGGGUGUCGAGCGGUGAUUGAGCUCGCGUUUUAAAGCGCGAGGCGCUGUCGCGAUAACAUAUAAUAGGCUUAUCCUUUGUCAAGUAGUCUGUUCUUCAUCGCUGCACUCCUGAACUAGUGCACACUGGUGCAAUGAGUUGGAAUGAGAA